AUGGAGCACGUGCAGCAGUACAAGUUCUACAAGGAGAAGAAGAUGAGCAUUGUGCUUGCCCCCUUCUCCGGCGGCCAACCGCACAGUGGGGUAGAGCUGGGUCCUGACUACCUCCUCAAGCAGGGACUGCAGCAGGACAUGGAGAAGCUUGGAUGGGAUACAAGGCUCGAGAGGGUGUUCGACGGCAAGGUUGUUGAGGCUCGCAAGGCGAGCGAUAAUGGCGACAGGAUCGGUCGUGUCAAGCGCCCGAGGCUGACAGCGGAGUGCACGGAGAAGAUCUACAAGUGUGUGCGCAGGGUGGCCGAGCAGGGUCGCUUUCCUCUCACCAUCGGUGGCGAUCACUCCAUCGCCCUCGGCACGGUGGCCGGUGUGUUGUCCGUGCACCCGGAUGCCGGGGUGAUUUGGGUGGACGCCCACGCGGACAUCAACACUAUGUCUGGCACGGUCUCCGGCAACUUGCACGGCUGCCCCUUAUCGAUCCUGUUGGGGCUUGAUCGCGAGAACAUUCCCGAGUGCUUUUCGUGGGUACCGCAGGUGCUGAAGCCGAACAAGAUUGCCUACAUUGGUCUGCGUGCUGUGGACGACGAGGAGAAGAAGAUCCUGCACGACCUGAACAUCGCCGCCUUCAGCAUGCAUCACGUGGACCGCUACGGCAUAGACAAGGUGGUGUCCAUGGCGAUCGAAGCCGUCUCGCCGAAGGGUACGGAGCCGGUGAUGGUGUCAUACGACGUGGACACGAUCGACCCCCUCUACGUCCCGGCGACGGGCACUCCCGUGCGUGGCGGCCUCUCUUUCCGCGAGGCGUUGUUCUUGUGCGAGCGUAUCGCCGAGUGCGGUCGUCUUGUCGCUCUGGACGUGGUGGAGUGCAACCCGCUCCUCGCCGCUACGGAAUCGCACGUGAACGACACCAUCUCCGUCGGCUGCGCCAUCGCACGCUGCAUGAUGGGAGAGACACUUCUUUACACUCCGCAUACGAGCUCCAAGCUAUAG